AUCAACGUGCGCACUUACACAGACAAUAGGGCCCAUUAUGUUGUGUCUCAGUUAGUGUCCGUGCUUCUCUGCUGUAAUAAUCUAAGGAUUUGUGUGCACGAUCACACAGAUCAGAAAAUAGUGUGUCUUAAAUAUUAAAUAAUCUUAAUAUUUCUGAAAGUAUGGACGCCCCGGAAGAGAAAAGCUGUCUUUCUGCUGCGCAAAGAAGAGCAGAAAUUCGGAGGCGAAAAUUGCUCAUGAAUUCCGAAGACCGAAUGAACAGAAUCGUGGGUUUCACCAAAGCUGAAGCUGAAAAAAACGGAGCGUCCAGUCGUGUCACAGAGCCCAGGUUCCAUCUGGACCUGGACAGGAACAACUCGUGGUCAGCAUCCUCCUCCCCAAGACUGUCUCCAUUCCUCCCGGAGGCAGUAGGCAGCAGCGAUCUCCCAGAGAGGAAGGGGUCUCCCCUGCCAGACAGCAGCGAGGUUCUGGGCGGGGGUGUAGACCAGGACGUGACUCCAGGGGUCCGACAUAGGCCACGGGGAGAGGCCCAGCUGGCAGCUGAUGAGCCCAGCCAUUCUGAAUCCCCACGCAGAGGGUUGCAGAAGUAUCUGUCCCGCUUUGAUGACGCCAUGAAGCUCCGUGGCCAACUGGCCAAUGAGAAACAAGCCCAGGAUGCAGCCGGCUCAGACCCAGAAGAGUUGGACUCCUUCAGGCUCUUCAGGCUUGUCGGCAGUGUCCUCCUUGCCAUCUUUGUCAGAGGUUUUGUCUGCAAGUAUCUGUCCAUAUUCGCACCGUUUCUCACCCUCGAACUGGCCUACAUGGGGUUGUACAAGUAUUUUCCAAAGUCUGAGAAGAAGAUGCAGACCACGGUGCUGACUGCCGCCCUCCUGCUGUCUGGUAUCCCUGCUGAGGUCAUCAACCGUUUCAUGGACACCUACAGGAAGAUGGCCGACGUCUUCGCCGACCUCUGUGUCUACUUCUUCACCUUCAUCCUCAGUCACGAGAUCCUGCUGUUGGUUGGUUCAGAAGAGACUGGUACUCCCUGAUGGACUGGAGGUCGCCGUGCUAUGUCACUGUCACUGUCACCCCCCCUGGGUGACAGAGGAGGGCAUGACCCCUGAUAGUGAUCCUUUACCCGACCUCCUUCCAACCAUCCAGAGUCAGUACACCCCAUAGGGGAGGGGUGUUCGAAGUGCAAUGUCCGCAGGUGGGUAAGAGAGGAAGACGGAACUAACAGGUUGAACAAAGUAACAUAACAUGUGUUCUGACCCUCUACUAUCCUGUAAAACAACACAUUUCACUGCACCUAUCCGGUGUAUGUGACAAUAAAACACGUAUAUUAAACCUAUUUAUCUUGUCCAUAGGAGCUUCUUUAAGUUACUGUUUAUGUAGUUCUACAGCAUUUACCUAAGGGGUCCAGUUACUUUGCGAUUUUGUUUGUUUCAAGUGAAUUGAUCUAUCUCAAAUGGAAGACAGGAGACGCAUUUGUCUUUCAGUAAAAAAAAAAAAAAUGUUGCCUAUGUUUUUUGCACCCUUUUUAUGCUUAAAGACAUGGUUGACUUCAUCUGUACAUGCGCAAACUCUUAUUGAAAGAGGUAACUUGUGUCAUCUGGGCUAGGAGAACAAUUGCUUAGGAUUGUCUUUUUGGAAAGUGUGUUUUGUCACUGCUAUUCAAUGUGGGGCGGUGGGAUCUUAUAAGCUUGUAUAUUAAUCUGUGUUGAAUAACUCUGAUUGUGGAAAUGUCAUGUAUUGCUUUUCUAGCUAUCCCAGUCUCACUCAGACUCUGUUUCUGUGGCAUGUUACAUCGUCUGUUAAUCCUGCAUUGCAUCCAAAUUAAUGUAUUCAGUUGGUGUGAGACUUAUUUUUCUAUGUAACUUUAUUGGUGUGAUUUCUUGUUUGUCAGAUGGACUUGAAUGCUUUUCAUAAUGUUGAAAAUUAUAAUUUUGUUAAGUGUAAAUGCUUUAUUCAUGGUUUAUUUUAUGUGAAAUAUUGAAAUCAAUAUCAACACAAAGAUAAAGAGAUACAAAUGUUCCAUCUCAUAAUGGUAUUUAAUUUCUGUUAACGACAUGCUGGAAUGAAUAUACUGUGUUAAACCAAUAAAACCUUGGAACAUUU